GUAAACAGCAACGGCGAAAAUUAUAAACCGAAAGCCAGUACUCAUUUAUGUGCCUUUUUGUGUACUUUUUGUGGCGUGUUAGAUUUUAAGUAGGACAUUGUUCACACGCGCAGUGCAGAGAACCACACUGUGCUGAAGUUUCGUUGCUUCAUGUAUGAGAUAAAAUCGGAACUGGCACACUGCUACUGAACCGCAUCCACCACGAUGGACGAGAACUAUUCCGGCUCGCAUGAGUUGCACAAGACUACACCAGAGAACAACCGCGGUACCGAGGAUGGCAGUCGAUCUGCGAUAGCUGUCGCGCUUACGCCAAGCUUCUUGGAGCCAGUCGGAAGGAACGAAUUCGUUGUCAAGUGUGGACGCGUCACUUACGCAGAUCACUUUUACCAGCGCGGUGCGCUGAUGCUGACGAACACAAUACCAUUUUCGGAGCAAAUGUCAACGGCAUUUAGGGAUUUUGCCGCGCGGGAAAGUCAGGCCCCGGAAUGCUUAAUCGGUCUCGCAGCGAGCGCCACGCCUGAGGCCAUGCAGGCGGAGACAGACCGGCUGAAAGAGCUCGCGGAACGCGUCAAUAGGGAUGAGAAAGCUAACAACCAAGCCAAAGCCGUGCCACCUGAUUUUCCGACGUCACCGACUUUCACUCUUGAGCCCCGCGGAAGUGCGUUCGGACGUCAGUAUGCCUUGAUGUCCGAGUCUCGAAAAAGCAAAGAGGGAAAUCACAUGUUUGUGGCCGGGCUGGUGCCGCACGCCUUGCUUCCGCAGUUGAACGGCGAGCUGGAUUUUGAGCACGCUUCGGUGUGCUUGCUGCUGGGGUUUGAGCUAGACUACACACGCAGCAAGUGGCGAGUCUACAUUGUGCACCCGAGGCCAAACGAACUUUUGCGCGACAUAACCGGAUGUGAAGCUCCACGUUCUACUGCAGACGGGGGCGGGGACCUCGAUGGCGAAGCCGGUUUGGGGCUUGACGCGAAGACUCGAAAAGACUCCGGCGCAUCGACAGAAACAGACAGUGAAGACGAACGUAGUUGGGGAGAAGAUGCAAGGUACUACGGGAGAAAGACGGCAGCGCGAUCCAGAUACAACCAGUAUUACUUUUGGUGGAAUGGCGACGACGAAGACAGCGAAGACGUUGAUGGGAAGACAUGCGAAAAAGAUUCGCGAGCGCCAGGCACACCGAGCCCGCGUCCUGGGCCUGCAAAAACGAGGGUACACUACCAUCCGCAGUAUGAAAAUCAGGAUGUGUCCCUCGCGUGUUGGCUGCCUAUAUCUGCGGCGCCACUGUUCAAUACGGAAACAGGAGCUGCGUUACACUUGCAAACAGCAAUUUGUUGGUCUGCGUCGCUGGGAACGGAGGGUCGAUGUACCCGAAUGGCUCCCAGCAGCAUUGCUCACAGCUCCUGUGGUCGCCAUAUCGGAAGAGAGAGAGAAGGCGGCGACGCGUCAGAGUGGCUCGAUCCCGAAAAUAGGCCCUUCUGGACUGCAAAAUGGCUUCUGACUCAUGGGAAGCUCGUGAAAGAAGUGGGUAAAAAUGUGCAGCAGCGUAUGUGCUUUUCGGACCCAGCUGUGCAGGAUUUGUUUCGCAAAGCUUGUGAAGAGGACGGCGGUGUGUUUUUCGACGAGCACCUAGGUUUUGGGAAAAAGAGGCCUCUUUGUUGUAAAGAGCCGGACGAUCAGCAUCAGGAUCAUGCCAAGGAGAAUGUCGGUGAUCUUGGUUUCGACGCUCGGGCAAAGAGAAUGUGGAAGCGCCUCAAGCGGGUCAUGCGGAAGACUGUUGGCACCGGAGAAGGAACCGUCGAUAGAGAAACCGCCCAGAAGCCGCCCCCGGGCAUUGCCAUUCAAGUGAAUGAGCGCAUUGAGGCGGUGUUUGACCCCGCACGAUGGGAGGGCAAGAGCUUGGAUGAUUAUCGUUGGACAGUUCUGACGCCCUCAUGUCCAACGCAGUUUCGCGUUCAUUGUGCUUAGAAAUAAAAAUUUCACAUUCAAUGUAAAUCACUAUCACAAGAUUGUGUGAACGUGAACC